AUGGUGAAUGGGCUGAAGGUGCGUGAGGUGAUGAUCAAUGUGUCCCGUCAGCAGGUGGAGGAUUUCCACGGUCCUGAGGACUACUGGUGUCUCUGUGUGGCCUGGAGCCACCUGGGCACCUCCAAGAGUCGCAAGGCUACUGUCCGCAUCGCCUACCUGAGGAAAAACUUUGAGCAGGACCCCCAGGGGAAGGAGGUGCCAAUCAACAUGAUGAUCGUUCUGCACUGUCGCCCUCCGGAGGGAGUGCCUGUGGCGGAGGUGGAAUGGCUAAAAAAUGAAGAGCUGCUGAGCUCCCUGACCGAUGACAACAUUGACACCCGUGCAGACCACAACCUCAUCAUCAACAAGGCUCGACUGUCUGACUCAGGCAACUACACCUGUCUGGCCAGCAACAUCGUGGCUAAGAGACGCAGUGCCACAGCCACUGUGAUAGUUUUUGUGAACGGGGGCUGGUCCCUGUGGACAGAGUGGUCGCCCUGUAAUGUGCCAUGUGGGCGGGGUGUCCAGAAGCGCUCUCGAACCUGUACUAACCCGGCGCCUCUCAAUGGCGGGGCUUUCUGCGAGGGCAUGUCUGUACAGAAGAUCACCUGCAACGCACUCUGCCCAAUUGAUGGAAGCUGGGAUGAGUGGAGCGAAUGGACCCUAUGCAGCAGCCAUUGCGAGAAGCAGCGGAGUAGGGAAUGUAACUCCCCAGCACCCAGACACCGCGGCAAGAUGUGCGAAGGGACCAGCGAGGCCACUGAGAACUGCACAGAUGGACUGUGCACCCAGAAUCGAAAGCUGCUGCAGUAUGUUAAGCCUCAAAGAAUGGACAGCUCCAAUGAUGUAGCCCUGUACUCUGGCCUGGGAGCCGGGAUCAUUGCCGUGGCAAUUCUCGUAAUAGCCAUCAUGCUGUACAGGAAGAACCACAGUGAGUACGGUGUGGAUGUCAUUGACUCCUCUGCGCUCACUGGGGGUUUCCAGUCUUUCAACUUCAAGACCACCAGACAAGGCAACCCCCUGCUUCUCAACUCCUCGAUGCGGCCUGACUUAACUAUGGGACGGACAUACAGCACACCCAUCUGCUUCCAGGACAGCACAGACAAAGAGCUAUUUGACCCCCUGCCAGACAUCAAGGUCAAAGUUCAGAGCUCCUUUAUGGUUUCACUAGGUGUGGCCGAGCAGGCAGAGUUCCACGCCAAUACCUCCGCAGAGACCUUCCCGCGGGAUCUGAGCCGGGUCUACAGCAGCACCGCGGAUAGACACAAGCAGGGCCUGCUCACCCUCAAUGGGCCCUUCAGCACUGAAAAAGAGCAGCUGAGGAUUAACGGCGUGAUCGGCCACCCUGGAGGACGCCUGGUCGUGCCAAACACCGGGGUCAGCCUGCUGGUGCCUCAUGGAGCCGUGGCUGAAAAUAUUUCCUGGGAGAUGUACAUUGUGAUCAAUCAGGGAGAGGCAAGUGUUCAAUCACUGGAAGGCUGUGAAAUCCUCCUGGGCCCAGAGGUGAUGUAUGCUCCUCCGGGCCUGGACCUCGCCUGCCCAGUUGCCAUGACCAUCGCUCACUGUGCCGAGGUGGACACCGAGAACUGGAACAUCCAGCUCAAGAGGAAAACACAGGACAGCAAAUGGGAGGAAGUGAUGUCAGUGGAGGAGGAAUCCACUUCCUGUUACUGUCUGAUGGACUCAACAAGCUGCCAUCUGCUUCUGGACCAGCCGGGCUCAUACGCCCUGGUGGGCGAGCCCCUUAGGCAGGCUGCCGUCAAGAGACUGAAGCUGGCUGUGUUUGGGAGCAUGGAGGCCGGCUCCAUGAACUACAGCCUGCGGGUGUACUGUGUGGAUGACACGCCACACGCCUUUCAGGGAGUGGUGGCUGCAGAGAAGACCAGAGGUGGUCAGCUCCUUGAGGAGCCAAAGAUGUUGCCUUUCCAAGCGAACACCUUCAGCCUCCAGGUGUCCAUCCAAGAUGUUCCCCAGUUCCUAUGGAGCAUCAAACCCUUUACCACAUGUCAGGAGUUUUCCUUCCCCCAAGUGUGGUGCAGCAACCAGCAGCCCCUGCACUGUGCCUUCUCUCUGGAGAGAUACAGCCCUGCCACCACCCAGCUCUCCUGUAAAAUCAGCGUGCGCCAGGUCAAAGGCCAGGAGCAGAUUCUGCAGGUCUACACAGCUGUAGCCGAGACGGAAAAGGAGUCGGUUCCAGUUUUUAUGCAGACAGACUGCACCAUCACAUCCCAGACGGGGCCCAAAGCCUUUAAAAUCCCUUUGUCCAUCCGCCAGAGGAUCUGUGCCACCUUUGACACUGCCAACGCCAAGGGCAAGGACUGGCAACUCUUAGCCCAGCAGCUCCACUUAGAUAGAAACCUGGGUUAUUUUGCAAAGCAGCGGAGUCCGUCAGCAGUCAUACUGAGCCUGUGGGAGGCUCGCAACCAGGACUCUGCUGACCUUGACUCUCUAGCCAGCGCCCUCGAGCAGAUUGGCAAGAUCCACUACAAAAGCUCCCCCAAGGACCAGGAUGAGCCUCAGUCUGACUACAAUACAUACAAGCGGGCAGUGUGUGUGGAACGGCCAGAAUAACAAAUCAGACAACAGAAGAUUCUUGACUAUACAGGCUGAAAGAAAAGAGAGGGAGUGAAAAUUGACAAACUAAGGCAGACACACAGCCAGUGGUGGACAACACACACUGUGGCAGUGUGCUGGAAGGUCAUGAGGUUGUGAGUAGACAGUGCAAGCAGUCAACAUGCCAACCAAUUUCGACAGAAGGAGGUGAACCGGUACCUGCUGUGGAUCCACCCCUCACUUUUAAAAAGCUGUCUGAGGAUGGACCAUAAAUCCUUUUCUGCCUCUCCACUCACAUCACAUCUUAUUAUUUGUUAUUUGUAUUGUCUUUGUUGUUUUAAGUUAAAA